UUGCGAGGCCGUCUCGCGUGCGGUGGGGGCGUGCCGGUGGGAAGGCGCGUGGCGGGAGCUGGCGGAGCCGGCCUGUGUGAGUGAGCACGCCUUCGUCCCGAAGAGAGUCCUACUGGUCCUGACUCCCUGGGACUUCUUUCUGAGGUGGCCAUGGAUGCUUCGACUUUGCCCCCCACACCCUCUUCCCCGAGGUGCAACCCAGCCCAUCGGACGAUCCACAUUGAGUUCCCUCAUCAUAGCUCCUCGCUGCUGGAAUCCCUGAACCGCCACAGGCUGGAGGGCAAGUUCUGUGAUGUGUCCCUUCUGGUUCAGGGCAGGGAACUUAGGGCUCACAAAGCGGUGUUAGCCGCCGCCUCUCCUUACUUCCAUGACAAGCUGCUUUUGGGGGAUGCACCCCGACUCACUUUGCCGAGUGUCAUUGAGGCGGAUGCCUUCGAGGGACUGCUUCAGCUCAUUUACUCAGGGCGCCUCCGCCUGCCGCUGGAUGCCCUCCCUGCCCAUCUCCUUGUAGCCAGUGGCCUGCAGAUGUGGCAAGUGGUAGAUCAGUGCUCGGAAAUUCUUCGAGAACUAGAGACAUCAGGUGGUGGAAAUUCGGCUGGGGGAGGAGCCUCCUACCACACAGUUCUUUCCACAACCUCUCCAGGAGGCUGGUGCAUCCGAUCCUCCCCUUUCCAGAACGCAGCGCAGUCCUCUGCUUCUACAGAGAACUCUGUUUCUACUGAGAGCCCCAUUGGAGGAGAGGGGAGCGAAGUAGAAGAAGUAUUACAGAUUCAGGUGAAGGAAGAGGAGGAUGAGCAGGGGUCAGUAGCCCCGCUCUUCCAGUCUCCUCAGCCUCAGAGAAUAUCUGGAGGGUUUUCCCAAGUUUGUUCAUCCCACCCACUGCCUACAUCUGCUCUUCCCAGCAAGCCUCCGGAGGAUGGGAAUUCAACCCCUGAGCCUCUUGCCCCUCCUCUGCGAGCUUCCCAAGUCUUGUAUGUCAAUCAGGAUGCCCUUGAGUCUAAGGAGGAGUCUUCAGGAAGUGGGAAUCAGUCUGGAGGAACAAAGGAGAAGACCAAAGCACUCUCUGAAGGGGACUCUGAGGGAAAUGGGGAACUAAGAUAUUUGCUGUCAUCGGGAGGAGGGGAAGCAUCUGGGGCAGGAGAUCCAUCCUGGAAGCCAGUGGAUCUUCACGGGAAUGAAAUCCUGUCAGGGGGCGGGGGACCUGGAGGAUCAGGGCAAGCUGUGCAUGGGCCUGUGAAGCUGGGAGGGACACCCCCUGCAGAUGGGAAAUGCUUUGGUUGCUUGUGUGGAAAACGGUUUGCAGUAAAGCCAAAACGAGAUCGACACAUCAUGUUGACCUUCAGCCUGCGCCCUUUUGGAUGUGGGGUCUGUAAUAAACGCUUCAAGUUGAAGCACCAUCUGACAGAACACAUGAAGACCCACGCUAGAGCUCUGCAUGCCUGUCCGCACUGUGGACGUCGGUUUCGCGUCCAUGCCUUUUACCUUCGACACCGGGACUUGUGCAAGGGCCAGGGCUGGGCCACUGCCCACUGGACUUACAAAUGACUGCUAUGCUCUGUACUAACUUGUAGGAUAAGAUAGCCACUGCUACUCAUGGAUUCUUACCCUUCACCACCUCAGUCCUGGAUCGUGUAGUCAUUCCAAGAGAUCAUAUGUGUUAUGAGCCCCUUACUCUUGGCUAUGGGCCUCACCCUGGUGUACGUGGAAGUUCAGGUUUCUCAGUUCAACUAUUUGUUAAGCAGACUCUAGGAAAGUCAUGAUUUUGAUCACCUAAAUGGCCCUUUUUAUAUUGGCAGCCAGUGAGGAAACCAUUGACUUUGGAUUAGGUUAGUGAGAGCAGAGUUGGGACAAAAUGAACUGGUAACUUACUUCACCUUCACCAGGAGGUAAGGGAGCUGGUUUCCAACUAGGAAUGUGUUUGAUCCAGAGCUCAAGUGAUUGCCGAACUCUAAAUGUCCUCCCCACACUCAGCAGUGCACUUCUGUUUGCUGUUUCUUUCUAGAGGCCUUUUAGGUUGAACUUUGCUUUCUUACCAGUAGACAUCUUCCAAAAUAUCCUUUUAAAAAUGUAGUUGAGCCCAGCCGUGUUGUUGGUGCACACCUUUAAUCCCAGCACUUGGGAGGCAGAGGCAGGUGGAUCUCUGAGUUCAAGGCCAGCCUGGUCUACAGAGUGAAUUCUAGGACAGGCCCUAAGGCUACACAGAGAAACCCUGUUUGGGAAAAAAAAAUGUACUUGAGCAUGCAACAAGUGUAGUUGCUCAUCACAUUUAAUCCCAACACUAGAGAGGCAGAGGUAGGCAGAUCUCUGUAAACUCUAGACCAACCUGGGUAGCAUAGUAAUCCUGCAUAACAAAUUCUAGGCCAGUCAGGUACACAGUGAGACCUGGUCUUUUUAAAAAGAAAAAAAGUACUUGAGCACUUUAACAUAUAGAGCAUUUCAUAUGUAAUUCCAAAGCCCCCUAAAAAGGUAUUCUCUCAACAGCCUUUGCUCUUGUCUACUGUAGAGUACCACUGACAACUUGCUUAUGAUCACAAUGACAGAUGUGACCAAUGAACUCAGGAGAUGGCAACGGACCUAAAAUGCUCUCAGGGUAGCACUAUUGCUCUCUGAACAAAUUUCCCUGAUCAGGACUCAGGGUGGAGACCACACAUGGUGGAUACUGCAGAAUUCUACAGUGGGACCAUACUGCCUCCUUUUCCAUCCCACCCACACUUGAUAGAAACAUCUUUGUAGAGGUGGAGGGAGAUUUAAAGUUACUUCAUUCAUUACUUAAUAAAGUCUUCCCUGAAAUCUAA